AUGGAGAACAGCAUGGACAACACAAGAGCUAUCAGAAGAACCAAAGAAGAGAAAAAAUUACUCCGAAGGCAAAUUAAAGCCAGUCACAUAUUGCUGAAACACGAGGGCAUAAGCACAGUGUCGCACCCUACAAAGCAUCUGGUGGUGUCUAAUGGCGGUUUGGGAAAUGGAGUGAGCAGAGAGUCUCUUCUGGAGGUUCUUCAAGAGGGUGGUACUGUGGAGUCACUGCUCACACCUCCUGCUAAACCAUAUGCAUUUGUGACAUACACAUCAUCUGAAGCGAGCCAGAAUGCAUACACACUUCUUAAUGGACGAUCACUGCAGUGUCAGGAUCAAAGUGUGACACUCUAUUUCAGCUAUGUCGAGAAAGUGGACAGUGACAAGACUGUAUCCUGUGCUUUGCCUCCUGGUCUGUCUGUGUUUGAUGAUUUUGUGUCUCCAGAGGAGGAGACUCAGCUGCUACAGACUGUUGACUGGACAUCACAUACUGAUGAUGUCAUGGUGCAGAAAGCUUUAAAACACAGAAGAGUGAAGCAUUAUGGAUAUGAAUUUCGAUAUGAUAACAAUAAUGUGGACAAAGACAAGCCAUUACCAGGCGGCCUGCCAGUCGAAUGUGAUGCUUUACUGCAGAAAUGUUUGGCUGAUGGUCUCAUAAGUGUUCUCCCAGACCAGCUCACUGUAAACCAAUACCAAAGUGGACAAGGGAUUCCACCUCAUGUUGACACUCACUCAGCAUUUGAGGACACCAUCCUUUCAUUGAGUCUCGGGGCAAAGACAGUAAUGGACUUUAGACAUCCUGAUGGACGAUCUGUCGCUGUGGUGCUGCCAGAGCGGAGUUUACUAGUGAUGAAAGGAGAGAGCCGCUAUAUGUGGACCCACGGUAUAACGCCUCGGAAGUUUGAUGUUGUACCAGUGUCAGAGGCUGGAGGGUCAGGGGUCAUGACUUCUGACUUGAGUAACCUGACCCUGAGUCGGCGAGAAACGAGGACAUCGCUGACAUUUCGCAAAAUCCGUCAUACACCCUGCAACUGUGACUUUCCAUCUGUAUGUGAUAGCCAGCGGCCACCCUCUCCACCCACAGUGCCUUUUGCUAAAGGUGAUGCAUGCCGUUUGGAGGCACAAUAUGUUCAUCAGGUCUAUGAAGAGAUUUCUUCCCACUUCAGCAGCACGCGACACACUCCGUGGCCUCAGGUUCGAGACUUCCUGCUGUCCCUGCCUCCUGGUGCUAUUAUUGCAGACAUCGGAUGCGGCAAUGGCAAAUACCUGGGGAUCAACCCUGACGUGAUGUCGGUGGGCUGUGACCGCAGUGCUAAUCUGGUUCAGAUCUGCAUUGAGCGAGGUUAUGAGGCAUUUGUGUCAGAUGCCCUGUCUGUCCCACUGUGCAGUGGCAGUUGUGAUGCCUGCAUAUCUAUUGCUGUCAUUCACCAUUUCUCUACACAGGAAAGAAGACACUCUGCUGUCAGAGAGCUGGUCCGCUUACUGAAAGUGGGAGGAAAGGCUCUAAUCUACGUUUGGGCCAUGGAACAGGAAUAUAAAAACCAGAAAUCUAAAUAUCUCAAAGAAAACAAGCACCAGGAGGAGAACAUGGUGCCUAGAACUAGCCUGGACAAUGGUCAGGAACUUAAAACUCAAGAAAAUAACUCCUACCGACAGGAAGAGCAUGAUGGGAACAUGAGUUCAGACAUGCCACGCAUAGAGGAAAGUUCUGGGAACGCGACACAACCUAGAAUACAUGUCCAUACUAAUCGCACAGCUUUCCUUUCUCAAGAUCUUCUAGUGCCAUGGCACUUAAAAGGUAACCAGGACAAGAACAAUGGAGAUGCAAGUGGUAGUACAAAAGUCCCAGUGGACAAAACAAGCCAGGGGUCUGUGUAUCACCGCUAUUAUCAUGUGUUCCAGCUGGGAGAGCUGGAGGAGCUGUGUUCUGCUGUGACAGGUGUUAAAGUGCUUAGGAGCUACCACGAUCAGGGUAACUGGUGUGUGGAACUGGAGAAAACACUAGAUACCUCUUCAAAGGAUGAUAAUGCACAGGGAAAAUAACCUUUAUUUAAAUGUUGGCUCAUUAAAUUAAUUUAAUUCAGUGUUUGUGUAAAACUGAGCAAAAAUUUGUAUAUGCACUCAAAAGCAUGUGCCUCACGAAAUGGGAAACCGUUGUAGUUCUUAUCUAGCAACUUGUUAGCAACAUAGUUUUUAAAAAAAACACAACAGCUUUAAAAUUCAUGAUUGGGGUAUUACUGUUUGUAAUUUGUUUUAGAGCAAAACUCCCAUGUAUCUUAAUGUAAAUAAAUAAAAAA